AUGGAGUCCGAGGCAGACAACGAUAGCCUCUACGAAUCGGCACAAAAGAACCUCCUCGUCUUCGGCAGCAGCUUCAUGCCGGAUGUCAUUGUCAAAACAUCCGGUAUCUAUCUAUACACCGCGUCCGGAAAGAAAAUCAUAGACUGGACAUCAGGCCAAAUGUCCUGUCUGGUUGGACACGGUCAUCCCGAGAUAGUGCAGACCCUGGCGGAACACGCAGCUUCACUGGAUCACUUAUACAGUGGCAUGCUUUCGCCUCCAGUUAUCAAGUUAGCCGAGAAGCUCACGAGCGUCUUGCCUGAUGGACUUGACAAGGCAGUCUUCCUCAGCACAGGAGGAGAGAGUAACGAGUGUGCGAUCAGACUUGCGAAGUUGUACACCGGCAACUUCGAGAUUGUGGGACUUGGUGCUAGUUGGCACGGAGUGACCAGCGGCGCCAACGGUGCGCAAUACCAUGCUGGCCGAAAGGGAUAUGGGCCUUCUAUGCCGGGAAUGCUCAUGCUUCCCUCACCGGAUUCCUAUCGCUCCAUCUUCCGUCACAAAGAUGGCUCUUACGACUGGAAGACCGAGCUCGACUAUGGCUGGUCUCUAGUCGAUAAAGCAUCCAUUGGAUCUUUGGCUGCCGUUAUCAUGGAGCCAAUCCUUUCGUCUGGUGGUAUUAUCACCCUUCCCAAAGGAUACAUGGCAGCUAUGAAAGAACACUGUCGUAAGCGCAAUAUGCUUCUGAUCGUUGAUGAAGCGCAGACUGGUCUUGGUCGUUGCGGUGAUCUCUUCGCCAUCAACUAUGAAGGCGUCGUACCUGAUAUCCUGACUCUGAGCAAGACGUUAGGAAAUGGGCUUCCCUUGAGCGCCGUCGUAACGAGCAACGAGAUUGCAAAGGUGGCAGAAGAGAGGAACUUCAUGUUCUAUACUACUCAUGCCAAUGACCCUCUUCCCGCCUCGGUCGGGCUCAAGGUUCUUGAAAUUGUACUUCGCGAUAACUUGGUUGCAAGGUCAAAAGCCAUGGGCGAGAAACUUCAAGCCGGACUUCACCAUUUGAUGGAACGAUAUGGCUGUAUUGGGGAUGUAAGAGGAAGAGGCCUCAUGGCUGGGGUCGAGAUCGUAAGCAAUAGGGAGACCAAAGCACCAGCGAUCGAAUUCGGAAAGAAACUGAGCGCGAAGAUGAUGUCCUUAGGCCUGUCAGCCUCGAUAUCGGCGAGAACUACGUUUUCAGGGUGCAUUCGUAUUGCACCUCCGUUGACUAUCACAGACGAGGAAUUGGCAAUGGGUUUAGCCAUCUUUGAGGAGGCGUUGCGUUCGACGGAAGGAUCUAUGCCUUUGUAUUGA